ACGCCUACAUGGAGGCUCAGCCUGUUUCUUAGGAGACCAGGCAGCAAACAGGAUGGUACUUUAAUAAGUCGGAAGGGAUGAUUUCCGCUUCCGGUGACCUAAGGGCACGCGGAAUGUAAACACUGAGUCGCGGGUUAUCAGGUAAUUGGGGGUAUAUCGUCUGCGGUGGAAGCCGGAGGCAGAGCAAGGAAAGCAGGCCAGUGGGUGUUGUGGCGAGAAAAGCACGGAACUUGAGAAAUCUGAGAGCCGGGCCUGAGAAUGGCGUCCUUUGGGUGGAAAAGGAAAAUUGGUGAGAAGGUCUCCAGGGCCACUUCUCAACAGUUUGAAGCCGAAGCUGCUGAUGAGAAGGAUGUGGUUGAGAACGAUGAUGGGAACUGGCUUCAUGCCAUUAAACGAAGGAAAGAGAUUCUUCUCCAAGGCUGUGCUGAGAAAAGCAAACAGUUAAAGGAUGAAGGAGCCACUUUGGCUGAAAAUAAAAGAUAUCAGGAGGCAAUUCAGAAGUGGGAUGAAGCACUGCAGUUAACGCCGAAUGAUGCCACCCUCUAUGAGAUGAAAUCACAGGUCCUGAUGUCUCUUCAUGAAAUGUUCCCAGCAGUACAUGCAGCUGAAAUGGCUGUCCAGCAAAACCCCCACUCGUGGGAGUCUUGGCAAACCUUGGGACGUGCGCAGCUUGGAUUAGGAGAGAUAGUCCUGGCAAUUCGAAGUUUCCAGGUAGCCCUUCACAUCUAUCCAAUGAAUCCUGAAAUAUGGGAAGAAGACCUUUCUUGGGCAAGAACACUACAGGAGCAACAGAAGGUAGCACAGAAGAUGGAAAAAAGUGAAACUCCAUCCGGGGAAACGCACAUUUCACCAAAGUCGAUUCCUGACUAUGACUUUGAAAGCGAUGAGAUUGUUGCUGUUUGUGCAGCCAUUGCUGAAAAACAGAAGACGGUUUCAGCUAAUAAAACAAUGGUUAUUGUGUCAGCUUCUGGGACUGUAGAGACUGUAACUGAGGAAGAAGAGCGUGCCACCCCACCAGACGGCUCUGUGUUUAUCAAAGCCCGAUGAAGCUGUUUGCAUAGUGGAGUUGUCUGUCUUUUUGGUUGGUAAUUAAUGUUUAAACAUAGACACAUUUACCCUGAAGAAAGAAAGCAAAACUCCUGUUUGUAAAACACGAUUUUCUGAUGAGACAUAUAAAAUUAAACAGUAGAAUGAUUCUGUUUGAAGUAUGCUUUGAAAAGUUAUGAUUUAUACUUAAGAUUAGAAUUCUUAGUAAGAUUGUUUUGCCUCAUGAACAGUUUAAUUUAGAUACAUGAAUGAAAACAUUUUAAAGAUACAAUUUUGAAAAAUAUGUUCUUCAGUAGUGAACAACUUGAUGGCGACUAAUUUUAAAAUGCUGACAAACUAACUUUUCUGAUGAAGUAUAUGAUUACUUUCCCUCCUCCAAAUCUGCUGCUUGCUUCUGUGCAGUGUUUCAUUUUUGUUGCUCACUAAGCAGCUGUCAGUAAGCUAGGUAAGUCUUCACAAUGAAUUUCUGGCAUUCAUUUCGAUUCAAAGUUAUCAUUUGCAUAUAUGUGGAAUCUUUGAAUGUCUGGUUGAAAAUACGUGUAUUUUGAACAUUUUUUCUCUUUAAUUUUAAUUUGUACUUUGAUUUUGACCUUGAAGUUGUAACAGUGGUAUCUGUCUCUAGUAUUUGUUAGGUGUGUGGACUACUGAUGUCAGAAUGAUGGUUUUAGUUUUAUUCCUUGCUGUGUCCUCACCACAAAUGAGUUAUUUUUAAGAUACAGAAUAUCUUUUAUAAAUAUGUAAUAAUAAAUUGUAAUUCUCCAUUGUCCUAUUCAAAAGCAGUAUUUUUUUUUUUUUACUUUUAAGUGUUUAAAGAUCCUGAAGUUACUUAUUUCUUGCUUAUAACUUUCUAGCCAAUGAUUUACAAUUACUUUUUCAGAUAAGUUUUUUGGAACUACUUAGUUACAAUUUUAAAUAGCUAAAUUAUAUUUUAAAAAUUAUUAUUACAAUGCCACUGAGUGAAAUAUACUAUGUAAAUGAAACACACAUAGAAACUGGAAUGUGAUUUGUAAUAUAAUCUCAUGACUGUGCACAGUCACCUUUAUACAUACUACCACUGCUAAGGUGAAUUAUUAUUUUUAUAUUAUAUAUUGUAGUACAAUUAUUUGGGACUGUUGAGCACUAUUAUUUCUGACAGUCAAGAAGAUGGUAUUGGUGUAAAAUUAAUUUUAUGUGUUAGAAAUGAAAGCUACUUUGUGUUAAGAAAUCUUACCUAUCACUGCUGGAGCAUGUAAAUUAAUGGGUUACUUUUGUGAUGAUAAUUUUUUAACAUUUUGUUUUGCUAGAAUGCUUAUACCCCCCACACGAGAAAAUCAGCACUUGCCUUAAAAAGUAUUAUAUUUUCCCCCUAAGUUGUAUCAUCAGAAAGUUAGCCCUGGCUAGACAGGUCAGUUUUAGAGUGAUAAAAAUGCUAUUUUGUUUUAUGAGGAAUACACUCAAAGGGUGGGGGAGGUAUCUAGAGAAUCUCUACUAUGUUGAGGUUUUUGUUUGUUUUGUUUUGUUUUUUGAGACAGGGUUCACUUUGUAGCCCAGGCUGGCCUCAUAGUCACUGUGAUCCUCCUGUCUCCGCCUCCUGGGUACUGGGCAGUAUUUUUUGUAAUGGAUUUUUGUGUAUUGUGUAAUUUGUGAAUAAAUAAGCGUUUUCCCUCCA